AUGGGGAAAAACAAUAAGAAAAGCGGAGCGGACUCCAAUAAACCGAGUACCACCGAUUCAAGAUUCGCUGGGGCUUCUCAUGAUCCAAGAUUUAGAAUCCCAAAAUCCAAGAACUUGAAAAUCAAGUUGGAUGAUCGUUUCACCAAGUCUGAUUUCACCAACAAGAAAGAGGUAGAAAUUGACAAGUAUGGGAGAAACUUGAAGGAUUUGGAUUUGGAUGAUAAGAAUAAGGAUUUUGACAGAUACUAUAAAGAGGCUGGUGAAGAUGAGAGUGAAGAGGAAGAAAACAAUGAAGAUAGCGGGGAAGAAGAAGAAAACAGCGAAGAUAGCCAAGAAGAAGAAGAAGAAGAAGAAGAAGAAGAAGAAGAAGAAGAAGAAGAAGAAGAAGAAGAAGAAGAAGAAGAAGAAGAAGAAGAAGGUGCCGCCAACUCAGUUAUUGAUCGUGCUCGUGGUGAAGGUGUGAGUUCAGAAUCAUCUAGUGAUUCGGAUUCUGACAGCGACUCUGAUGAUUCUGCAAAUGAACUGGUCAGCGAAGGUGAAGAAUUGGUCAUUGAAGAAAAUGAACCCGAAACCGGCGAUCCAACUAGAAGAUUGGCUCUUGUGAAUAUGGACUGGGAUAACGUUCGUGCCGUGGACCUCAUGGCAACUUUUAGCGGGUUUGCUAAAGGACAAGGGCAUAUUCGAUCAAUCACCAUUUACCCAAGUGAAUACGGAAAAGAAAAAAUGGCCAAAGAAGAAUUGGAAGGUCCAGCCAGAGAAUUGUUUGCCAACAACAAGAAAUCCAAAGGAAAAGCAGCGGAUGAUGACGACGAGGAUUCUGAUUCCGAUAGUGAUGUCGAUUUGAACAACAAGUACGAUGCUGAUGGGAACCGUGAAAAGGCCAUCAAGGAACUCUACGAAGAAGAUGAAGGGGUCGAAUAUGAUUCUAAGAACUUGCGUAAAUACCAACUUCAACGACUCAGGUACUAUUACGCAAUCAUUGAUUGCGAGGACGUUGCCACCGCCAAAAAGAUUUAUGAUAAUUGUGAUGGGCUUGAAUUCGAAGCCACUGCCAAUUUUUUUGAUUUGCGAUACGUUCCAGACGAUACUGAAUUCGACGAUGAUGACCAAAAAGAUUUUUGUGAUCGUGUUCCUGUGAAUUACAAGCCGAAAAUCGAUUUCCAAACCUCGGCGUUACAACACUCUAAAGUGAAAUUGACAUGGGAUGAAACCCCAACUGAAAGAUUAGAAAUGGCAACUAAGGCAUUUAGUAACAGAGACAUUGAAGAUAUGGAUUUCAAAGCCUACUUGGCCACCGAUAGUGAAGAUAGUGGAGACGAAGGUAAAGAAGCUUCAUCGGCUAAAAAGAACAAAUUGAAGGAAUUAUUGCAAAAUACCAAGAUUGGCGAUAAGAAUUUGUUUGAAAGUAAAGGUGAUGGUAGUGAUAGCGAAGUGGAUAUGCAGAUCACUUUUACUCCAGGUUUAGAUGGAAAGAAUCACCAAGAGGAAGAAGAAGACAAGGAUGAAAUUGAAGAAUCGACAAUCGACAAAUAUAAGCGUAGGGCCAAAGAACGUAGAAAGGCCAGAAAGGAACAGGUGAAGCAAGAAAAGAAGAAACAGAGCGGUGGUACUUUAGAAAGUGAUUCCGAAGAUGAAGAACCUAAGAAAUCAAAGAAGAAAACCCAUAACAAAAAGGAUGAUAAGGAAAAGUUGGCGGAACAAAGUAAAUCCAAGGCAGAAUUGGAACUCUUGAUGAUGGAUGAGGAAAAUGCCCAAGAUGAUAAGCAACACUUUGAUUUGAAACAUAUCAUGAAAUCCGAAAAAAAUAAGGGCAAAAAGAAGAAAAAUAAGAGCAAGAAUGUCGACGAUGAAUUCUUGCAAGAUGAUUUCAAGGCUGAUUUGGAGGAUGAUAGAUUCAAAGAAAUUUUUGAAAACCAAGAUUAUGCCAUUGAUCCUAACCAGCCAGAAUUCAAGAAGACUUCGACCAUGAUGAAGAUCUUGGAAGAAAGAAACAAGAGAGUGACGGUUGAUGAUGAUGAGGAUGAGGACGCUGAUGGUAAGAAGAAGUCAAAAUCUAAUAAGAGAAAGCAUAAGCAAGAUAAUGGUGAUGAUAAUAAUAAUAACAGUGCUAGCUCAUUAGCUCAGAAGAUUAAGAAUAAGUACAAAAAGUCUAAAAAGAACAAGAAAUGA